AAGGAAGAACGAAAAAUGCUAAAGAGGUUAAGGAAAGCAUUGUGGAACUAUCGCAACUUCACCCUGAUUGUCCUCACACCACUGCUGCUGCUUCCUCUUCCUGUUGUUGUCGGAACAAAGGAGGCAGAAUGUGCGUUUGUGUUGCUGCUGAUGGCGACAUACUGGGUGACAGAGGUGAUUCCUCUGUCCAUGACCGCCAUGCUCCCUGCCAUCCUCUUUCCUAUGUUUGGCAUCAUGACUUCUACGGGCGUUGCAAAAGAGUACUUUAAAGACUUCCACUUCUUGCUGGUAGGCGUCAUCUGCCUCGCCACAUCGAUUGAGAAAUGGAGUCUUCACCGUAGGAUCGCCCUGAGGCUUGUCACCAUGGUGGGGGUCAACCCUGCAUGGUUAAUGUUAGGCUUCAUGUCCGGUUGUGCCUUCCUCUCCAUGUGGGUCCACAACACCUCAGCUGUUAUGAUGAUGAUGCCCAUCAUGGAGGCGGUUCUCCAGCAGAUCCUGGAAGCCAAGGAGCAGGGAUGUGUCGGUGAAGACAACCCCAACCUACAGCUCGAUGGUAGUGACGGCCACAUUGACAAGAUGAAAGAAAUUGUGAGUGACGGGAAGGAUCCAGAAAGUCCUGAGGAAACCUUCACAUGUGUUCAGAUACAGUCGCUGCCACAGCCUCCAGCAGCUCAGCAGGCUGCAGUGUGUCCACCUGCAGCUCCUAGUAGGACCAAGCAGGACCUCAUGAUGUGUAAAGCCAUGUCGAUCGGCAUCGCCUACUCCUCCAACAUCGGCGGCAUUGCCACGCUGCCUGGAACCUCCCCCAACCUCAUCUUCUCCGAAUACCUCAACAAGAUUUACCCAAACUGCAACUGCAUUAACUUCGGGAACUGGCUCUUGUUGUGCCUGCCCAUCAGUGUGAUCGUGCUGCUGCUCACAUGGAUAUGGCUCUACUGGCUCUUCAUUGGCUCAGACUUCAGGUUCCUGUGGCGGUGUGGAGGGGAGCGGUCUGAGAAAGAGAAGGCAGCAAGAAAAGUUAUAGAAGAAGAGUACAAGUUGCUGGGACCCAUGAGCUCUCAGGAGAUUGUCACUGCAGUGGUUUUCCUGCUGAUGGUGCUGUUGUGGUUGACCAGAUCUCCAGGGUUCAUGCCGGGCUGGGCUUCUCUCUUCCCCCAUCACUCCGGCCACAUCACUGAUGCCACCGUAGCACUUCUACUGGGUCUCUCUUUUUUCAUCUUACCUGCCAAUGGACCCUCCAGGAAAUAUGAGGCCAUGAUCUCCUGGAAAGAGUUUCAGGCCUCGAUGCCGUGGAAAGUGGCCUUGCUGGUUGGUGGAGGCUUCGCACUCGCUGAGGGCACAAAGUUUGAAGAGCUAAUGUUUGCUGAGGCAAUCCACGUCAACCCACUGUACGUCCUGAUCCCCACAACCCUUUGCACAUCUUUCUCCUUCCUGCUGCCAGUGUCCAACCCGCCCAACGCUGUCGUCUUCACGUAUGGACACCUCGACAUCAUGGACAUGGUGAAGGCGGGGCUUGGCGUUAACAUAAUUGGCGUCCUUGCCGUGGUUUUCGCUGUGGUGACAUGGGGAGUUCCACUAUUUGCUCUGGACACGUACCCUGACUGGGCCCCGGUCCUCCCUGGAUUUAACGCCACAACACCUUAAAGUCUGGUCCUCAAGUUUGGUUCUAAAUCAGAGGCAUCCAGGGGCCUCUUGAGGGAGAACAAGAUUCAUGUGUGUUCACUCACCAAAAUAAGAGUGUUUUUAUUUGUAGGUAGGGGUUCUGUGCACCUACAGCACAUGCACACAUUUAGGAGCCUCUGUUUUAAGAGCAGUAGUUAGUAGCAGCAUUGAUAAUUUAAAUCUUAAGGUUUCUCUGUAGGUAUUAAUCAUCGCAAACCUAAGAAGAACUAUAAUUAAAGUAUUAUUCUGGUGUUCUUUUUAGAUAUUGGCAACAAAUCCAAACAAACUGAAUCUGAGAUAUUUCUUUUUUCUGGGCAAUAAAACUAUGUAACUGUUAAAAUUGUUCAGGUCAUAUGACAUGUUCCUCAAUGAACACACAGGGGCAAUUUGGUUUUACAGCACAUUUACGGUAUGUUUCAGGCCCAGGUGCCAACAAAUAACCUCUGAUAAUCAAUCUGUCAACUACCUGCUGACCACCCAACAGCAGGCAGGCACAGUUAGAGACCAGCUGGUAAAUAAAGUGAAACAUCCAUCAGCGAAAGAAACCAAAGCGGAGUUGAAAGGAGAGUGAAUUUUAUGUACUGUACAUUCAUCAGGUCAUCAUAAAUACUACUCCAGUGUUUUGCACUGUCUGCAGGAAUUGUUAACUCAAUCUUUAGCCAUAAUUACUUUACAAGCUGAUAAUAUGUCAGAUAUUUUGCUAACAGUUCUUUGUGCUGAACCCUGUUGUCCAAAUUAUAUUAAUAUUUUCUU